GUUAAAUCGAAAGAGUCAGAGGCUCGUCGAAAGUUGAACAGCUUCGAGGAGAAGGCAACUCACUUAAGCGGUGAUCUAAAGGAACGUGAGCAGUUGAUACGUGAAAAGGACAGUCUGAUUAUCGAGUUGAAUCGGAAGCUGAAGUCGAAGGAGAGUGACACAGCUCAAGCAGAGGCGGUGAUGAGGGACACGAAACGACGGCUUGUCGAGACAGAGAAAAAUUUGGCCGAGUCCAUGAAGCGGUAA